AUGGUGUCUCUCCAGAAUGGCUUGAGGGCGAGACCAUUCACUCAGUUCUUGGCCAAGACUCCACCUCGUACUUUCACAGAAACCCUUACACGGGCUAAUAAGUACAUCAAUGCAGAAGAGAUGAUGAAGGUGAAGCGAGCUGAACAACCAGACAAGAAAGAAAGAGAAAAUGAGAUAAAAAAGCCAAUGGUGGAACAGAAGACGGACUAUCACCCCUCCCGAGCUCCUGAUCGCCUGGGCUUUGGGGGUACCCAUGGCAACCCGGUGAGUUAUACUCCCUUCAACGCUAGUCAAGCAAAAAUUUUACUGGCAUUAGAGGAUAAGGAUUAUCUGCGGCGUCCUCCACCGCUGAGCCUAAUGCCCCCAUCUAUGGCUGCCAAUGCUCUGCCCCUCCUCUUCCUCCUCCUGAUUAGAACUGAUCUUUUCUUGAAAGCCUCUGCUUCUGAUGUCUCUAACCAGUCGACUGGCGUCUCGGCUUUUUCAUGCUCUGAUGAUAGCAUCAAAACUUGUACUUCUUUACUCUACCAACACAAUGAUCUCAACAAAGAACAGAUUGCAUUCUUUUACUCCGUCAAUGCAAGGCAAAUCAGUCCCAUUACUCAUGGAAACAAACACAAUUACCUAGUAUCAGUGCCUUGUUCCUGCAAACAAGUGAACGGCAGCGAUGGGCUCACGGACGGCUACUUCUAUGAUACAUAUUACACUGUCCGGCCAAACGACACUUUUGUUAACGUUUCCAGCCUGAUCUAUAGUGGGCAAGCUUGGGAGGUUGGAGGUGAGGAGAAAAAUUAUAUUGUGGGAAAUGAAGUCCCGGUUCAUCUCAUGUGUGGAUGUGUGGAAGAUGAGUCCCAAGUUAUUGUGACCUAUACUGUUCAGCAGUAUGAUACCCUAUCGGAUAUAGCAGUGUUACUGUCUUCUACAAUUGAAGGGAUGGAGGACUUGAACAGCAUACUGAAGCAGAAUCCCGGGUACAUCGAUGUCGGUUGGGUUCUUUUUGUCCCAAUGGAGAAGAAUGAAGUCCCAGAAGCCCCAGAAAAGGCAGCAACAAAGGGGCACAAAUGGCCAAUAAUCAUCGGCAUACUAUCAGCUGUGACAUUACUUUCAAUGUCCAUGUUGGCAAUAGUCCUCGUGAUGAGAAGAAGAAAUAGAAGAAACAUCGAGGAAGAUCCAAAAGCAGUUUCAAUGACCAUGAGUUCCAGAAGAACACUCCCCUUCCAGAGCCAAUCCCUGAAUAAAGAAACAAUGCAUGAUGUCAUUUUUGAAUCAGAAAGACCAAUAAUAUAUAGUCUGGAGGAGAUUGAAGAGGCAACAAGUGGUUUUGAUGAAAGUAAGAAAAUUGGAGAGGGCGGAUAUGGGAGUGUGUAUUUUGGGAUAUUAGGGAAUAAGGAGGUUGCAGUUAAGAAGAUGAGAUCUAACAAGUCCAAGGAAUUCUUUGCAGAGCUUAAGGUCCUAUGCAGGAUACACCACAUUAAUGUGGUAGAGCUAUUGGGAUAUGCCAGUGGAGAUGACCACCUCUACUUAGUUUAUGAGUUCAUUACUAAUGGAUCUCUCAGUGAUCAUCUUCAUGACCCCUUGCUCAAAGGUCGCCAGCCCCUUUCAUGGACUGCAAGAACACAAAUUGCUCUAGAUGCUGCAAAGGGCAUUGAAUACAUUCAUGACCAUACAAAAACUCAAUAUGUGCACCGAGAUAUUAAGACAAGUAACAUCUUGCUCGAUGAAGAGCUCCGGGCAAAGGUUGCAGAUUUUGGAUUAGCAAAGCUUGUUGGGCGAACAAGCGAAGAUGAUUUGAUUGCAACUCGACUGGUUGGAACACCGGGGUACCUUCCUCCCGAAUCUGUGAAGGAGCUGCAAGUGACUGCUAAAACUGAUGUUUUUGCAUUCGGGGUGGUUCUAGCAGAACUCAUAACCGGUCAACGUGCACUAAUUCGUGACAAUCGAGAGCCCACCAGAAUGAAAUCGCUUAUCACACUAAUUAGUGAGAUUUUCCAAGAUGAAGAUCCAGGGACUGCACUAGAAUCCAUUAUAGACGUUAAUCUUCACCAGAGCUACCCUACCGAGCAAGUAUAUAAGAUGGCCGAACUUGCAGACUGGUGCCUAAGUGAAGAUGCAGUUAACAGGCCAGAGAUGAGAGCGGCAGUGGUGGCAUUGUCCCAAAUUGCAGUGUCCUCUGUAGAGUGGGAAGCAUCACUAGGAGGUGACAGCCAAGUUUUCAGUGGGGUUUUCAUUGGCAGAUGAAAACGUCUUCUUCAUGUAAUUUAUCUCUUUUAUUUCCUUCUUCUUUCGGUUGAACAUGAAGGAGACAUCCUGGUGCCAUGGCUUGUAAUGUCAUAGUUCAUCAUCCAUGGAUUGUACAUUUCAUAUUGAAGUAAGAGUGUUGAAAUAGUGACUUUAGAAGCUGUGUACACGUUGUCCAGGCUUGGAUUUCAUCACCUUAUGUAUUUGCACAUAUGUAUUCUUCAGCAUAAUACACGCUGAA